GACACUCCAGAAACAACAGACAAGUCUGCGGCUGAAUCCAACAAACUCGCGCCUGAUUCUCUAGAUCCUGUAGCAGGAAGUGGUAGUGCAGCUUAGGAAGCCCGACGAGUCUCAACACCAUAUCACAAUCACUAUCGCUAUCGCUAUAUCACCAUUCUCCUAUUCGAACUUCACCUUCGGGCAUCGGGCCGCGGAAACCACAUCUGACAUCACACCAUACCCUCAAACACCUCAACAAGAUGGUCGACGAGGAGCCGUCCAUCAACAUCCCUUCCCUGCUUACACUGGCAGUUGUCUCGUUUUUUGUUAUACGAUGGUUCCUAAGUCGGGACGGCAGCAGCAACGGAGCAAAUGGUUCUGCUCGCGCACGCGGUGGUCGCAUGAUCGAUCCCGCGCAGGUUGAGCAGAUAUCCCAAAUGUUUCCUCAGUUGAAUCGGCGGGAUAUCAUGUGGGAUUUACAGAGGAAUGGGGGCAGUGUUGCGGCGACUACGGAACGGAUAUUGACGGGUCGAGGGCUGGAUAAUCCUCCACUGUCGUAUCAACCGCAGAUUCCACAACCUGCGACCCCCGCUACAACUGCUACGCCUACCCCAGCCGCAAAGUCCGGAUCUCAAGACCUCAUCUCACGGUACAAUCUAAGUCAGCGAAUCUCCGAAGAACAAGAAAUUUCAUCAAAACCGGAGAGUGCCUGGUCCCAGAACAAGAGCGAACGUCAACGAUUGUUACAGAAGCGGAGGGAUGAUAUGAUUCUGGCGGCACGGAGGAAGCUUCAACAGAAAGAUCGAGAGGCGUCUCAUGCUACCGGUCCUGCCUUCUAGGCGUGCUCAAUUGACUUUCGGGUUGACGGUUGCAACUGUGUUCCGUGUAUUUGUCUAGUUGCUAUGCCCCCCUUUCUGGGGUCUGUAUAUGUCCCCUGAGUUGGACAGCAUUGUUUUAGCGCAUUCUGUACGGCGUCUUGGAUGAUUUAGCAUAAUUAACCUUUUUUUGUAGAUGCAAUGAUAUCCGGGUAUUAGCGCCAAGGAAGAGACUGAAGGACUCCUGCUAAACGAGUAACGUCAACCAUGUUAAACCUCAAUCCAACCAACAAACGCCAGUGAUAAAUGCGAAGUGCAGUGAAACCGGUCAUUCUAGAACUGCAUAUCGUCAUCAUCUUGAGUAUAGCCCUGAAUGGACCCUUCUUCAGCAAGUUGUUCCCUACGAGCCUGCUCGCGUGACGCGCCGAUUUUCCGUAGUCCCUCAACUACUCCCGCGACAAAUCCUCUCAUUUCACCAAUUUCCAUAGCUCCAACGCCUGUCAAGGACACACCACCGC